UUCUGCUCUGUUCCCCACCCAUCGCCGCAUCUCGCCGGCGAUGGCGUCCGCCGCUCCGCGCGCGCGCGUGUCGCCGCCGACGCCGGCCUUACGCCCCCACAGGAAGCGCGGGCGGUCUCCCCCGGCUUCGGCCUCGCUGGUACGGUGCUCGUCCGCCGGUAACGGCGCGCCACGCGACCACCGCCGCCGCCGCCGCUCGGGGAGCCCCGGUGGCGCGCCCGGUCGCGUUUAUCAGCGGCAUCGCCCGCAGCAACACGGGGUGCCCUCCCGGCGGUGGGUCCUCGCGGAGGAAGCCUCGACCUCCGAUGGAGAUGCGUGCACAAUCAUGUCAUACAACAUUUUGGCGGAUAACAAUGCGAGGAACCAUCCUGACCUUUAUUUGGAUGUCCCUUGGGAUGCAUUGAGGUGGGAUUCGCGAAGGAGGCUUAUUAUCCAUGAAAUUAGACACUGGGAUCCUGACCUAGUGUGUCUCCAGGAGGUGGAUAGAUUUUGGGACAUUUCUACAGAAAUGAAGAACAGGGGGUAUGAAAGUAGUUUUAAGGGCCGAACUGGUGAUGCCAAAGAUGGAUGUGCUACCUUUUGGAAGUCCAAAGGGUUGCGCCUGCUUGAGGAAGACAGUAUCGAUUUUAGUGAAUACAACCUGCGUAAUAACGUUGCUCAAAUAUUUGUUUUUGAGCUUAAUGGAGCACAGAAGUUAGUAGUCGGGAAUAUUCAUGUUCUAUUUAAUCCAAAGAGGGGUGAUGUAAAACUGGGCCAGAUCCGCAUGCUACUGGAGAAAGCAAAUGUUCUUGCUGAAAAAUGGGGUGGAAUUCCUAUCGUUCUUGCUGGUGAUUUCAACAGCACACCUGAUAGUGCCAUCUACAAGUUUUUGUCAACAAUGAAGCUUGACAUUUCUUUGCAUGAUAGAAGACAGUUAUCUGGACUUGAUAGCUCUGAAUUUGCUCUAUAUGAUCUUUGUAGUUUACUGAAGUACCAAUGGACUUGUGAAGAAGUAAGAAAUGCAACUGGGCGUUCAAAUGUCAUGGUUGCUAAACACCCGUUGAAUCUCUGUAGUUCUUAUGCUAUGUUGAAGGGAAACUCAAACAAUAGGGGACAUCAUGGUGAACCCCUAGCAACUUCCUAUCACAAGAAGUUUCUUGGCACUGUUGAUUACCUGUGGUAUACUGCAGGGCUUGAAUGCUCCAGAGUUUUGGACACACUGCCUGUGGGCUUUUUGAGGAGAACAAGGGGUCUUCCGACCAGGGAAAUUGGCAGCGAUCAUUUGCCUAUAGUUGCUGAAUUUGUUUUCACGGAAUCUGUCGACGAUGAUUCCAAUCAAGAAGACGAGUCUGACCAAGAAGAGGAGACUGCGCAAGAGACAACUAGAGCACAACACGUGUAUUUCUCCUCAGACAUCGACAGUUCAGAUGAAGUGAGUUAGUUGGUGAUUAAUAUUUAAUUUAAAUGUGCAAGCAUGGGAAGCAAAGUGCAUCAAAACGGCACGCGCUCGGCGCCAUACCCUACAGUCUGCAUUCUGCAAGGAAUUUUUUUGCAGAAACCAUAGUUGGUGAAGCUAGUUAUGCCCAUAUUCAAGCAUUGCAGAGAAGCUGUAACAAAUUGCCAAGACUCUGACGAGACGCCCUUACUGUCCUCAGCGGGCAUACUAACUAUAGGUCUGUAGUACUGAACAAAAAGGAAAAGAAACUUAGCAUUUAAUGGAUGUAUUUGUUCUUGUAUCACUAGAGCAGCAAGAACUUGUUGACAAACUGUUGUUAACUGUUAUGCUUGAGCAUGACAGACUGCCUGCCUGUACAUGUCGUACUGGAUGCAAUCAGUCCAUUGAUCUUAGCAUGUUUGACACUUCGUCUGAAAAUUUGCCAGCACAUAACAUAACAAUCCCUCCUAAUUGAAGUAUUGAACAGU